AUGUUUCUAGUAUGAAAGUUUCAAACUUUCAGUUUCCUACGAUAAGAAUUGAGAAAGACAAGUAACAGCAUUACAGCCACUGUUCUGACCCACUUGACCGAAAAGAAUCACAGACCAAAACCUUUUUAUCCAACUCCAAUUUUCUAGUCGUCCUCACUAGUCAAGAAUCAACCUUCCGAGUUCAAACUGAAAGUCCUGUUCCUCUACAAGUUCAUUGGCGGGUUUAAUGGAUAAGCAGCUAUAACUAGGAAUAUACAGGGCAUAAACACAGGUAAUAGUUGGAGUUUCCAGAUGGUGCCUCAGCAUCUCUCAGUUUUACCAUUCUUUGCUUUCUCUCUUCUUCUCUUUCUUUACUCUGCCGAAACAUCGAAUUACCCGACUCGUUGUCCAAACUUCAACUGUGGAAAAUUUGGAGAUAUUAGGUUUCCUUUUACUCAAGCGAAGGAUCCUACUUGUGGGCUAUUGAUGGUAAAUUGCAGUGACCAAAAGAUCCAACUAAAGAAGGGAGGAAGAUGGUUUAAAGCUGAUAACAUCUCUGAGGCUGAUACCAUCUCUAUCAAUGAUUCAGAACUUCAGAAUCACUUGGAUAAACAAAUUUGUGAUUUCGUUGAGGAAUUCCAACUUUCCAGCCCUGAUAUAGUCUCUUUCAGAAUUAUACCUAAUAUUACCUUGUUCAAAUGCAACCGAACCUCUAUCACUCACGCCUCUAAUUUUAGUCAUUACAAAGAUUGUAACAACAAUAGUUUCUAUCUUGCUUACCCAACUGGUAGUAAUUCACGUUUUCUUUCUCAUAACUGUUCAACCAUCCUCCUCCCAGGAGUUCAGAAUCAGACUCACUACGACAUAAAAUUGAAGUUUCAAGUUCGAGUAUCUGUAUCUUUUAAUUGUAGCUCUUGUCAUUUUGAAAAAGGAGGUCAAUGCCAAAUAAACAACAAUGGAGCUUUUCUCUGUGCUAAUGCAAGCAUAGCUUCUAAAUGUGAAACUGAUGGUCACAGCAAAAAUCAUUGUAGCAAUGCAGAGAAGGGGGGGCAAAGAUGGGGAUGGCGAGGAACUCUAGCUUUGGUUCUUGGAGGACUUGCUGCAAUAAUGGUCAUCUCAUUGACCAUAAUUCUCAUCUGGUGUCGAUAUGAGAGAAAACGUUCCUCCUCAAAAUUAAUCUCAGCAAACAACUCCUAUGAUUCCUCCAUAAAUCCAGAAAUGGAAGGGCAAAAUAUCUACUUUGGGGUCCCCAUCUUCUCCUAUACUGAACUUGAAGAAGCCACAAAUAACUUUGAUUCUCAAAAAGAGCUUGGAGAUGGAGGUUCUGGAGCUGUAUACUACGGCAAACUUCAAGAUGGACGUGAAGUUGCAGUCAAGUGCCUAUAUGAGCACAAUUAUAAAAGGGUUAAGCAGUUCCUCAAUGAAAUUGAAAUCCUUACACGUCUGCGACACAGAAAUCUCGUGUCACUUUAUGGUAGCACUUCACAUCGCAGUCGUGAACUCCUCCUUGUCUAUGAAUAUAUUCCGAAUGGCACUGUUGCUAAUCAUCUCCACGGUGAUCGAGCCAAGUCUGGUUCAUUAACCUGGCCUAUUCGGAUGAGGAUUGCUGCAGAAACAGCUAGUGCGUUGGCUUACCUUCAUGUUUCAGACAUCAUUCACCGAGAUGUGAAAACCGAAAACAUUCUCCUUGACAAUAAUUUCUGUGUGAAAGUUGCAGAUUUUGGGCUUUCCAGACUGUUUCCAAUUGAUGCUACUCAUAUCUCAACUGCUCCGCAAGGGACUCCAGGCUAUGUUGACCCUGAGUACUACUACUCUUACCAGCUAACUGAAAAGAGCGAUGUCUAUAGCUUUGGUGUUGUCCUUGUAGAGCUCAUAUCAUCACUACCCGCUGUUGAUAUAACAAGGCAUAGGGAUGAUGUUAAUUUGGCCAAUUUAGCAAUAAAUAAGAUUCAAAGGUGUGCAUUUGAUGAGUUGAUUGACCCGUGUCUUGGGUACAAGUCAGAUGAGGAAGUUAAAAGAAUGACAACUUCAAUUGCAGAGUUGGCUUUUCUAUGUUUACAACAGGAUAAGGAAAUGAGACCUUCUAUGUGUGAGGUAGUGGAGCAACUGAAGAGAAUUGAAUAUGGAGAAUUUGUUGAGGGAGCCUAGCGAAGGAGCAUGAUGAAUCCAUUGUUGAAGAAUUCUGUCACUACCAUCACUGGAUUUUGCAGCUGACAAGUGGGUUAAUGGUGGUUGUUCUGCUGAACCUUAUUUACAUGUUAUUAAAUUUCAAAUCAGUUGAUGAGAACAUCUUCAUACUCAUUAUUUGAUGUCAAUCAGUGCAGCUGGGUUGCAAUGUCAUUUUGUUCUCAUGUGCAUUCUCAAAUUUCGUUCACAGAAAGCUACAUUUUAGGAACAGUAACUGGUAGGAGAGUUGAUAAAAUUUAACUACUCUGUCUAUGUAUUUUUAAAACUAAAUGAAUUUGUUUUUUAUA